CGACGAGGCGAUAUUUUGUGAGAAGGAAGACAUGUGGAGAAGUAAGGUUGGGGGAAUAAAGACUGCACACGAGACGUGAGCAAAAAGGGGAAUCUCUUGGGAUCUGUAAAUAGGGGGCGGGUUUGUUAUUUGAUUUUUCAUCACGGAGUUGAUCAUUGGGGAGGGUGAGGAGAGAGAGAGAGAGUCUUUCCUAUUGAUUCUCUGUUCUUGUAAACACUUAUUUGAUCGAUUCAAUUAAACUGCUAAAGGCUGAUCUUCUGGAGGACGAACUCGAGUAUUUAGACUCCAUUGAUCACUCUAUCCCAGAAAGAGUUAUGUGUGAGAGAGAGAGAGUAUGUUUGAGGAGACUUCCUCGGAGGAUGAUAAUUCGUAUAAGAACUUGAGCAAAGAAGCUUUGAGAGAGAUGAUGUCUUCCUGCAGGAGAUUGUGUGGUGAGUGUCUCGAUGCUCUGAGUCUCCUAGAGCUGCAGUCACUUGAAAGUAUGCUUCGCCAUGGCAAGCACAGGGUUUUAUAUAAACUAAAAAAGAAGAUGAUAGAGCAGGAGGAAGAGGAAAAGAGGCUGGUCAAGGAUCUGGAUACAUAUACUGGGAAACAGUUGAUUCGGAGAAAGAGGAAUGAGGGAUGUAGAAUUCAGUUAGAUGCCUCCAAUAGUAGAAAGUUAAAUAGAGGGCGAGAGAGAAGCGGAGCAGUUAAACAAUACAGCUCUGAAGGAAGACAAGACUGGGAUGAUCAUCUAGAACUGAUGCGAAGCAUUAGGAGCAUGAAGUGGGAUAUUCAGAAAUUGCAGGUUUUGAACGGGAGAAUGUGCGGUUAUGAGAUUGAGAUUGACGGUCUGGAUUACUUUGAGCUGAAGGUGCUUAUAAAUGAGAUUCUUGAGGGUAGGUGUAACGUGUGGCCCCUGACAAGGAGAAAACAACACCAAGCAAAGGCAUGGCUGGGAGAAAUAGAAUCUGAACCAACGCUACAAGAAGAAGAUGAUGAUGCAUUGGUAUGUAUAAUAUUUACACAUGGCACCCAGAGUGCACUUGCUGUCCUUUUUUCAAUUCAAAUUGUGUUUCCCAUGCUUGCAGAAGCUUGAGACACAGCUUUUGAACGAGUAUGACUCGACAAAUUGGAGAAACUUGUGAUACGUGUAAGGGUCAAAGACGCGUUGUAACCGAGAUUUAUGAAUACUUUCUUAAUGAAUUGAUCAAUUCGUGUUUACAA